UCUAUAUCUGAUAAUAGUACAAAUUUUAUACGAGAGAUUUUAAUACAUUUUUAGACAAAAUUUUAUUUUUAACGAAUUAUAUUGAAAAUUAUUAGAAUUAUUAAGUGCCAAUUAACUUAAAACUGUAUGAUCAAAUUUACUUAGUCAAUAUAUAUUGUUGAUUUUAGAAUGGCAGCUUUUAUCCCCGGUUCUUCUACAGAGCCCACUUCAGAGAUUGAAUUAACAUUGUCUUGCAGAAAUUUAUUAGAUUGUGAUGUAUUUUCCAAGUCUGAUCCAAUCUGUGUUGUUUUUAUGAAGACGCCAGAAACAUCUAGAUGGGUUGAAAUAUGUCGAACAGAAUGUAUCAAUAAUAGUUUAAAUCCUGAUUUUGUAACAAAAGCUCAUGUUUUGUAUCGUUUUGAAGUACAACAAAAUAUAAAAUUUGAAGUAUAUGAUGUUGAUUCAAGAUUAAAUGAUCUUAAAUCUCAAGAUUUUUUGGGUUCAUGUGAAACUACUUUGGGUCAUAUUGUUUCUUCGGUAAAUGUCACUUUACCAUUAAAAGGUGUUAGACCUAACAAUAAAGGUCAAGUAAUUGUUAAAGCAGAAGAACUCCUAGCUUGUCAUGAUGAAGUAACUUUGCAGUUUAGUGGACGAGAUUUGAGUAGAAAUGAUUGGGUAUUUAAAAUUUUUUCUUGGUGUGUAAAAGCAUAUCCAUUUUUGGAAUUUCAUAAAGUAGGUGAAGAUGGGAAAUAUCAAUUAGUACAUAGAACUGAAGUGGCUAAUUGGACCACAAAUCCUUCAUGGAAACCCAUAGUACUUCCAGUAAGAUCACUGUGUGGUACAGAUUAUGAUAGGGACAUCAAAGUAUGUUGUUACCAUUACAAACAUAAUGGAGAUCAUAUUUUAAUUGGGGAAUUUCAUUCUACCAUGAAUCAAUUUCAAAAAGGUCCUGGUUCUGAAAAUGAUUACAAAAUUGUUGUUCCAAAAUCAAAUAAAAAUCAUGGCACCAUUCGUUUGAAUCGUUUUGAAGUUAACAAAAUCUACACAUUUCUAGACUAUGUGAUGAAUGGCACACAGAUAAACUGUACAUUUGCAAUUGAUUUUACAGCUUCAAAUGGAGAUCCAAAGGAUUACAAUUCAUUACACUAUCUUAGUAAUAGGCCUAAUCAAUAUGAACAAGCCUUAGCUGCAGUCGGUGAAAUAAUUCAAGAUUAUGAUAGUGACAAAAUGUUUCCUGCUUUAGGAUUUGGUGCUCGCAUUCCACCUCAUGGUAAUGUGUCUCAUGAGUUUUUUUUAAAUCUUCAUGCAAGUGAUCCUUAUUGUGCAGGCAUAGAAGGUGUGAUAAAUGCUUAUCAUCAUUGUAUUAGAAGUGUUCAGUUAUAUGGGCCUACAAAUUUCAGUCCUGUUAUUAAUCAUGUUGCAAAAUUUGCUCAAACAUAUCAAGACGGUUCUCAAUAUUUUGUAUUACUUAUUAUCACAGAUGGUGUUAUAACUGAUAUGCAUCAAACCAAACAGGCUAUAAUCAAAGCUUCAACAUUGCCACUAUCUAUAAUCAUAGUAGGAGUGGGAAAUGCUGAUUUUCAAUCAAUGGAAGAACUAGAUGGAGAUACUGUUACUUUAGAAAUAAAUGGAGUACGUGCUGCUAGAGAUAUUGUACAAUUUGUGCCAUUCAAAGAUUUCCAACAAAUUACAAAUCCACUUAAUGCUAAAUCACACUUAGCAAGAGAAGUUUUAGCAGAAAUACCAGCACAGAUUGUUAGCUAUAUGAAAAGCCGUAACAUUACUCCUAAUAUCCAUUGAAACUUCUUAACUAAUGCACAAUUUUAUCUAUUGUUUUGUUUUUAUUAUACUAUUUUUGUUACCAACUUUUCUUGCUUAAAAAUUAAGACUGUUUAUGAUACAAAUUAUUGUAUUUAAUACUUAACGUUUUUCUUCAACUUUUAAUCUCUUUAAAAUUUUAUUUUGAAGUUAUGAUAUUAUCUAUAAAAUAUUAUUUUUAAAUUUUAUUCUAUAAAUAAACUAUUAAUAAUUUACCAAGAAUAAUUUAUAUGUAUGCUAUGUGACUAAAAUGUUUGGAAAUUUGU